CCUCCUUGUCUUCCUCACAGGCAGUUCAGAAGCAAAAGAAGUCUAAUCUGAAAGAGAUCACAUAAGAAGAGAAGACUGAAGUGUCUGCUCUUUUGCUCAUGUGAAGCUAUGAAUCCUACUUUUAAAAAAUGGAUUUUUAAUCAUUGAGCUAAAAAAGCUUAUGGAGAGCCACCCACCUUAUUUAUGUUCACAGAGGGACGUUUUCAGAAGAGAUGAUUUGUGAUUAGCGAAUUGUUGUUAUUUUUCCCUUGCUGCUCCCAGUCUCUUUUGAGGAAGUGGCUGUAUAUUUCACUGGGGAGAAGUGGGAUCUCUUGGAUCAAAGACAAAAAUCUGUGGUUGGUGCAGUUGGCCAUCCAGUCCAACAUUCUUGGCUGAGAGGAAAGGGAAAAGCAGUGAUUGUUCUUGAUCCUAAUGGGAUCUUCUUCUUAUUUCUCAAGCAAUUAGCAAGCAUCAGAAGGAGAAUUUUGUGGAUCCCUCUAUGAUGUCAUAGGAAACAACCAAGAUUGUUGUGAGAAAGAAGAGUUUGUAAAUUAAAAGGGACUGAAAUGCAAAAGGGAAACUAAUCAAAGAAUGGUAAAAAGAACUCCUCUGCUUCUAAGCAAGAUGAUGUUUGUGAACUCCUGAACCCACAGGAAAAGUAUAAAGAGAAAAGAAGGGUAAAUUCUUCCAUUUGUGCAACAAUAUUCCAAUAUAAAUUUCACUUAAACAUGCAUUGCAGAAUCUACACAGGAAAGAAAAAAUAUGAGAGCAUGAAAGGUAGAAAGCACUUGAGUCAGAUUGGACAUCUUCAUACACAGCAAAGAACCCACAUAGGGGAGAAACCAUAUAACUGCAUGCAGUGUGGAAAGAGCUUCAGUCAGAAGGCACAUCUACAUUCACAUCAAAGAACCCACACAGGGGAAAAACCUUAUGAAUGCAUGGAUUGUGGGAAGACAUUCAGUCACAAUGGAAAUCUACAGUCACAUCAAAGAAUCCACACAGGGGAGAAGCCAUAUAAGUGCAUAGACUGUGGAAAGACCUUCUCUCAUAGUCAAUAUUUAUAUUCACAUCAAAGAAUCCACACAGGGGAGAAACCAUAUAAAUGCAUGGAAUGUGGAAAGAGCUUCACUCAGAGUUCAAGUCUACAUUCACAUCAAAAAUGCCACACGGGGGAGAAACUGUAUGAAUGUAUGGAAUGUGGAAAGACUUUCAGUCACGUGUCAAAUCUACGUGCGCAUCAGAGAACCCACACAGGAGAGAAACCAUACAAAUGCAUGGAAUGUGGAAAAACCUUCAGUCAGAAUGCACAUCUAUGGACACAUAAAAGAACCCACACAGGGGAGAAACCAUAUAAAUGCAUGGAAUGUGGAAAGAGCUUUAAUCAGAAGGGAAGUCUACACUCACAUCAAAGAACCCACACAGGGGAGAAACCAAACAAAUGCUUAGAAUGUGGAAGGACCUUCUCUCAUAGGCAAACUUUACGUUCACAUCAAAGAACCCACACAGGGGAGAAGCCGUAUCAGUGCAUGCAGUGUGGAAAAUGCUUCACUUGGAGUGGAAGUCUACACUCACAUCAAAAUUUCCACGCAGGGGAAAAACGAUAUAAAUGUGUGGAAUGUGGAAAGAGCUUCAUUAACAGUGGAAAUCUUCGUUCACAUCAAAGAACUCACACAGGGGAGAAACCACAUAAAUGCAUACAAUGUGGAAAGUCCUUCUCUCAUAGUCUAACCUUACGUUUACAUCAGAGAACCCACACAGGAGAGAAACCAUAUCAGUGCAUGCAAUGUGGAAAAAGCUUCCGUCAAAAUGCACAUUUAAAUUCACAUCAAAGAACCCACACAAGAAAGAAAGCAUAUAAAUGCAUGGAAUGUGGAAAGAGCUUCAUUCAGCAUGGAUGUUUACAUUCACAUCAAAGAAUACACACAGAGGAAAAGCCAUAGCAGUCCAUGAAAUAGGGAAAUAGCUUCUCAUAGUCAAAUUUGAUAUUCAGACUUCACAUUCACACCAAAGAACCCACACAGGGAACCCUCAUUGAUUUGUUACUUAUUAAAAUGCAAGUCUCAAAAUCUGA